UCUAUAUACUGUAGAGCAGAAGAAAGAAGAAGAAACGAACGGAACACGAAUCUGGAUAAUUAUCAAAGACAAACCAUACAUGUCCUUUUCACCAAAACUGCAUUGAAUUUUCCAUUCUAGAGAGAGAAACCAAAAGAAAAAAAAUUAUUAAAAACAAAACCAAAAGCCAUAGGAAAUUCAGUCCCUUUUUCUCUUCCCUUCCCUUCCCUUCCCUUCAUUUCUUGCCUUUCUCUCACUCUCUCAAAAACGCGGAUUAGCCAAUUCUCUUUUAAAAAUUCCCAUAUUUUCUUUACAAGGAUCGAAUUCUUUUUCUCUCUUAAAGACUCAAACUAACGAUACCCAGAACAGAGAGUAAGCCAUUUUUUUCUUCCCCUCUUGUUCUUUCUCUUAUUUCUUUUUUUUCAUUUCAACAGAAGUAGACAAAGAAGGAGACUUUGGAGCUGCAAAGAUCUUGAUUUUGCUGAAAAAGUAAAUAGAAUUAACAAAAGGGUUGUUGUUGCUUCAAUAGAAUCCCUACAAUUAGAUCUAAAAUAUGGCGUCAGCGGCUAUAUUUUCGUCUCUACGACGUCGAAGAUCGCCGUCGUUAGAGGCUUUCUUGGCUCCGGUUGAUUUAACCGAUGUCGCUCUUGUACAGACUCUUGUGUCGGUGUCAACCGAGUUGGUCGCUUGUUUCUCGGGAAAAUCUAUGUUCUUCCAGAGAAAGAAUUCUCGGUCUUUGAUUAGAAAGAUUGAAUUUUUCGUUGUUUUGUUGGAGUAUUUGACGGAGUCUGGGAUUGGUUCUUCUACUAAGUUGUCUUCAACAGGGAUUGUUUGUUUUAAAGAACUUUAUUUGCUUUUGUACCGGUCAAAAAUAUUGCUUGAUUAUUGUACACAAUCUAGUAAGUUGUGGUUAUUGCUUCAAAACCAGUCGAUUUCAGGCCAUUUUCAUGAUCUGAAUCAAGAAAUUUCUACCCUUUUGGAUGUAUUUCCGUUAAAUGAUAUUGAAUUAAGUGAGGAUGUUCGCGAACAGAUUGAGCUCAUGCAAAAACAAGCAAGGAAAGCUAGGUUAUAUAUUGAUGAGAAAGAUGAGGCUUUGAGGGUUAAGUUGUUUUCAUUUCUUGAUGAAUUUGAGAAUGGGAGGAUUCCUAAUUUGGUGGAUUUAAGGUUGUUCUUUGUGGAUAGUUUGGGGAUUGGGGAUGCCAAGAGUUGUAGAGCGGAGAUUGAGUUCUUGGAGGAGCAAAUUGUUAAUCAUGAGGGAGAUAUUGAACCAACGGCUUCGGUGCUUAAUGGGCUUGUUGCAAUUACAAGGUACUGCAGGUUUUUGCUUUUUGGGUUUGAGGAAAAUGAGGCGGAGUUGCAAUUUGGGAAUCAGAAGAAGCCGAGAAAAGGGUUGAUCACUCAAGAGAUUGCUGACACUUUCAUCACUGUACCAAAGGAUUUUUGUUGCCCAAUAUCAUUAGAUUUGAUGAAAGAUCCAGUGAUAAUUUCUACCGGACAGACAUAUGAUCGGAGUUCGAUAUCCAGGUGGGUGGAGGAAGGCCAUUGUACUUGCCCAAAGACUGGGCAAAUGCUCAUUAACACACGGUUUGUUCCAAACCGGGCUCUGAGGAAUUUGAUUGUACAAUGGUGUACUGCUCAUGGAAUCCCCUAUGAACCCCCUGAGAAUACAGACUCUUCUGCAGAGGGUUUCGCCGCAGCCUCACCUACCAAAGCUGCAAUUGAAGCCAAUAGAGCCACUGCGACACUUCUUAUUCAACAACUAGCUAAUGGAUCACAAAAUGCAAAGACUACUGCUGCUCGUGAGAUCCGAUUGUUAGCAAAAACUGGAAAAGAAAACCGUGCUUUUAUUGCAGAAGCUGGGGCAAUUCCCCAUCUCCGCAACCUUCUAUCAUCCCCAAAUCCUGUUGCUCAAGAGAAUUCUGUGACAGCAAUGCUCAAUCUUUCAAUCUAUGACAAAAACAAAAGCCGUAUCAUGGAUGAAGAAGGGUGUUUGGGAUCAAUUGUUGAAGUAUUGAGGUUUGGGCUCACAACAGAGGCAAGGGAAAAUGCAGCAGCAACGUUGUUCAGCCUGUCAGCUGUCCAUGAUUACAAGAAGAGAAUAGCAGAUGAGGGAGGGGCAAUCGAAGCCCUGGCAGGACUGUUGGGGGUAGGAACAUCUCGUGGAAAGAAGGAUGCUGUGACGGCUUUAUUUAAUCUGUCAACUCACACAGAGAAUUGUGCGAGAAUGAUCAAGGCAGGGGCUGUUACAGCGCUAGUGGGGGCUUUGGGAAAUGAAGGAGUCGCAGAGGAAGCAGCAGGUGCAUUGGCAUUAAUAGUUAGGCAGCCAGUUGGGGCUGAAGCAGUGGGUAGCGAGGAGAUGGCUGUGGCAGGACUAAUAGGAAUGAUGCGGUGUGGGAGUCCAAGAGGGAAAGAAAAUGCCGUUGCAGCAUUGCUUGAGUUGUGCAGGAGUGGUGGGGCAGCUGCAACUGAGAGAGUGCUCAGGGCACCAACAUUGGCUGGUUUGAUUCAGACUCUGCUAUUUACUGGUACAAAACGGGCAAGAAGAAAGGCGGCAUCACUGGCUAGAGUGUUUCAACGGCGUGAGAAUCAUGCCUUACAUUUUGGUGGACUGGGUGCUGGAUAUGCAUUCGCCGGCAACUCUGCUACAACUCGAGAUACAAGCUUCGUAGGAGACGUCUCAGUGCCCAUGUCUAUAUCGGUACCCGUUUUGUAGUGGUAACAAACAGAUUUCUGUUUGUCCACCAAUACCAUGCUUAUAUGUGUUCCCCCUUAUUUUUUGGUUGGUAAUAUUUACAAAUUCUUUCAUUGAAAAUUUAGCUGAUAAAAGAGAGAAUAUUUUACAGAAAUACGACAUCUCAUGUCUUUCAAAAGAA